ACUAUUCUGAUAAUAAACAAAGUACAACGCCAUUCAAUAUAUUUCUACCAAGUAUAUUUACGACAUUCGCAACUCUUAUGAUAUGGUAUUAUAAUUUAUAAAUAAUAUAUCAAUUCCACCAUCAUGUUACGAACAAAUCAACUAACUGGUAUUAUUCGAAAAUUACCAAUAAAUAAUACAAUAAGAUGCAUGUCAUCGAAUUCAUUUACUGUACAAGAUCCAAGUGAUUUCGAGAAACGUGUUAACAAAAGUAAUGUACCAGUAAUUGUAGAUUUCUUUGCAAAAUGGUGUGCACCAUGUCGGGCACUUGCACCUAGAUUGGAAUCGGUUAUGGCUGAAAAGGGGGAUUUGAUUAAAUUAGCUAAAGUUGAUAUUGAUGAUAAUGCCGAUUUAGCUUUAAAUUAUAAGGUUGGUUCAAUUCCCGUUUUAGUGGCUAUCCGUAAUGGAAAAGUUGAAGAACGAUUGGAAGGUUUACAAGAUGCUGAUAAGAUUAGAAAAUUUGUUGACAAAAUCUUAGAAAAUAAUAAAGAAAAGGAAUCUAAAAAAUAAUUUGUACAAAAGAUGAAGAAUGUGGUAGACGAUUAAUGAUUAACGUUAUGCGUUUGUCGUUUGUUUUUUUUAAUUGGUUUUGGAUUG